AUCGAAUUAUCUCGCGUUACCUUACAAGCAAACAGCACGCACAAAUAACAUUGGACUUUGUAAGUCGGCGUUUUCCCUGAGCUCUUAAAAGUCAUCCUCUCAGCCUAGAAAACCAAACGCUACCCUCUCUCUCUCUCUCUCUCUCUCUCUCUCUCUAGGAAUUUGAGCAGCAAAGCACAAAUCUUUGUGUUCUUCACCCGGUCCCCGUAUUACAGGAAUUUCUGCAUAGAGAAGAGAAUUGUUUUGCUUACGUCGCGCUAAAACUGCUGUACAUGCACAUAAGGGCGUUGAAAUUUGCAACACAAUUGACAAGGUUGUUUUGCGGUGCUGCCCUAGCGUGGCAACAGUCAGCAGUGAAGGAUCAACUGAAACAGAUGAACUGUGAUUAUUAUGUCUGAACAACUGAUAGAAGGUCUCCCUGACGCUGUUGCCCUUAGGUGCCUUGCAUGGGUUCCCUUCUAUCUCCAUCCCAAGUUGGAGCUUGUUUCUCGUUCUUGGCAAGCUGCCAUUCAUAGCACUGAACUUUUUAGAGUUCGACAGGAAGUUGGCUCAUGUGAGGAUCUAUUAUGUGUGUCUGCUAAUGAACCAGAUAAUCUAUGGCAACUAUAUGACCCUCGUCGAGACCUUUGGAUUACGCUUCCUGUUCUCCCCUCUAAAAUAAAAAACCUUUCCAACUUCGGCACUGUCUUUACUGCUGGAAAGCUGUUUGUUCUUGGUGGUGGCAGUGAUGCUGUUGACCCACAGACUGGUGACCAUGGUACCUUUUCAACCAGUGAGGUUUGGUCAUACGAUCCUGUAACUAGGCAAUGGGCCCCACGUGCAUCUAUGCUUGUUCCUCGUGCAAUGUUUGCAUGCUGUGUUUUAGGUGGAAAGAUUGUUGUUGCAGGGGGCUUAACCAGCUGCCGGAAAUCAAUCUCUCUAGCAGAAAUGUAUGACCCUAACAAAGAUUUGUGGGCUCCAAUUCCUGAUCUGCAUUUAUCUCAUAAUUCAGUAUGCUCGGGGAUAGUGAUUGGAGAAAAGAUGUAUGUCUUGCACAGGGGUUUAUCAACGGUGCAAGUCUUCGACAAUGUUGGGCUUCAUUGGACGGUAGAGGAUUAUGGUUGGCAACAGGGUCCAAUGACAGUCAUUAAGGAUGCACUCUAUGUGAUGAGCCAUGGAGUAAUCUCCAGGCAAGACAGAGAAUCAUCAAAGGUAUUGGUUUCGGCUUCUGAGUUCGGUGGCAGAGUUGGGUUUGCAAUGGCUGGACUAGGAGAUGAAAUUUAUGUGAUUGGUGGGGUGAUUCUCUCUGAACAUGGGACCUCGGAAAUCAAGCAAAUAUCAGACGUUGAUGUUCUCACGAUCGGAGGUGAAAGGCCAACUUGGCGCCAGGCUGCUCCGAUGACACGGUGCAAAGGAAGCGUUUAUGGUUGUGCGCAGUUGAGAAUUUAG